AGAGAGGGAAAACGAAUCUUAAGCGAAGGGGAGGGUGUUUUGAUCAGCUGGGUCAGGCUGUAUAUAAACAGAGGAGCUAAAACUUUUCACAUAACUAUUGAGCAUCGCGACAAGUGGUAUCCCAGACAAAAAAAAAAGGAAGACAAGAAAUCAUCCCAAGACUGCUAAGAUGGAACUAAUCAUCAAAACACUGGAUGGGACAUUACACCCACUGAUUGUGAACCCACGGGACACUGUUGGAUCCCUGAAAACACAAAUCCAUAGACUACUGAAGGUGCCUGUCCACAAACAGAAGUUGGUGUUUGUAAACGGCCAAACGACAACUCUCAGUGACGACACCAAACUUUUGUGCGACUACGGCUUGCAGUCCGGUUCCUAUGUCUCCCUGCUGAUCGUCGAGCAUCCUCCCAUCAAUCCUCCCAUCAAUCCUCCCACCCAAGUGUUCCUCAUAAACGAGAAGGGGAAGUCGAGCACCUACGAUAUCAAACCCAACGAGACGGUGAACGACUUCAAGCGGAGUGUGGAGCAGAGGGAGAGGGUACCGGUGAACCAGCAGAGGCUCGUUCACGAAGGCAAGGACAUGACAACUGGAAAACUGUCGGACUACAACGUGAGGGCGCACAGCACCAUCUACCUGACCCUCCGACUGAGAGGAGGCUGAGGACAUAGUGGACGACGCACCAGGAUUAAUUCUUUAUACUUUUUUUUUAUUUAGUUUUAUUUUAUAUUUAUUCGUAGUUUUAAUAUAAAUCGUCAUUCCACAAUGUGUAAUUCCGUCUUAAUAACUUUGUGUCUUGUUUAGCUGACAACAAAGUCAUUCCAUACACACAAGAGAUCAAUGUUAUGCUUUUAUGGUGAAAAAAUCCAUGUUACCCAGAAAUUGUAACAAAUGUAAUAUAAAUAAAAGUCUCUGAUGUGAA